CCUGGGUUCGAUUCCCGGGUAGGGGGAAUUUGUUGGCCAAGUUUCCUCAGACCCGGGAGCUGACUAUCGGGGAGGAGCAACACUGACGUUGAAACUGAAAGCAGUUUUGAAUCAGGAAGAGCUGAGGGUAAAAUGGCUUCUCAACACCAGACUCAGAGUCUGACCGAGGAGUUAAUUUGUCCGGUUUGUCUGGAACUCUUUACUGAUCCCGUUAUCCUGGAUUGUAGCCACAGCUUCUGCCGCUCCUGUAUCACACGGUGCUGGGAAAAGCCGGGGCCGAGCUCCUGUCCUGUGUGUCAGGAGACUUUGCCGGAAAGGAACCUCAGGACCAAUCGGGCCCUGGGGAAUCUGUCAGAGAAAGCUCGGGAUUUGAACCUGGACCCGAAAGACACGGCAAUUAAACGUCGCUGUGAGAAACACCAGGAACAACUGAAGCUGUUCUGUGAAACUGACAAGAAGGUGAUCUGCCACAUCUGUAGAGAUGCACAGGAACACAGAGAUCACAGCUUCCUGCCCAUUGACGAAGCUGUUGAAAUCUAUAAGGAUAAAGUGAACUCCUCCUUAGAUUCUCUCACACAGAGUAAGGCUGCGGCUCUGGAAGCUGAAGGAAACAGAAAAAAAGAUUUCACAAGUGAAGGAACAGGCGACAAAUCUGCGAACCACAUCACGGCUGAGUUUGCAAAAAUGCACCAGAGCAUUACUGAUAGAGAGCAGCGUGAAAUCCGAGAGCUCAGACAGCGAGAGGAGGAGAGUUUUACACCAAUGGAGAAAAACUGGAGAGAUUCGGGGCAAAUUAGAUCUCUGAGCAGAAAACUCUCAGAGUUACAGAAACAGAUGGAAACAAGACGCUCUCACCUUUCUGCAGGAGGAAACUGCUCGGAAGAGAAGCUGGAUCCUGACACAGCCCAUCCCGAGCUCAUCCUGUCUGAGGACCUGACCAGUGUGAGACACGGAGACAAACGGCAGCCGCUCCCUGACACCCCGAAGAGGUUUAGUAACUAUCCCAUCGUCCUGGGAUCUGAGGGCUUCACAUCAGGGAGACAUUACUGGGAGGUGCAGGUGGGCAACAAGACUGCGUGGAUUGUGGGAGUGGCCACAGAGUCUGUCAACAGGAAACAACCAAUCACUUGGUCACCAGAGGGUGGGGUCUGGGGGGUGUGGCUGGUGGGUGGGGUCUAUUGGGCGCUGACCUCACCUCCCACCCGCCUGCCCCUGACAGUGAGACCCGGGAAGAUCGGGGUAUACCUGGACUAUGAGGGGGGACAGGUGUCAUUUUACAACGCUGACAACAUGUCCCAUCUCCACACUUUCACCCACACUUUCACUGAGAAACUUUAUCCUCUCUUCAAUCCCCACCAGAGCGAUAGCGGGAAAAACUCUGAGCCUCUGAGAAUCUGCUGCUUAUAACACAGUAACAGUGACGUGGCUUUAUCUCAGUUUCCAUUUGAUUCACUGUCUGCUGUUUAAGGGAUACGGGGUGGGAGCGGAUGGGGUCGGGGGGUCAUUACAGGAGAAGAUGCCGAGCUCUACGGGUCCAUAGAGAUCCUGUAAUAAGGC